GUUGUCAGUGUGCUGUCAGUGGCGCGGUGGUUGGCGGGCGCACGACGGCGGACCUUCAUAGACUCCACGUACUCCGAACCCAAAGGAAUCUUGAGUAGCCGUGCGCGUCGGGGUGUGUGGGGCGUGUGGUGCCUGACGGGACGCUGUGACCUAGUGCUGGCGUGCGAAAUAGUGCUAUGAGAGGAAACGGGUUGAGAAAUAUGGUGAGGGAGUGACUUCAACGGUGAAACUAUGGCGAUGUGGUGGUGGUGAGGUGUAGUGAGGCUGUGGUGUCGCCCUGCAACUCUCACAGCCUGGACGCGUGGUGAUAGUGGUGAUAGUGAGAUAAAGGGCAUGAGCCGCGGUACCCUGGGGUGCAUGGGAGGAAAGGCCGCCCCCAGCUGUAGUCCGUGACGUCACUCCCCCUAGCCACAGGUGUUGCAUAUAUCACUCCGGAAAUAUCAGAUGUUGUAUUUUCCACCAAACGGAGGCAGUUUUGGGAUGUGAGGGCGAGAGCGAGGACUCCGCCGGGGCAGCGUCCGACAGCGGGAUCAGCUCCGCCAGCAGCCUCGCCAGCAGCAGGAAGAGCUCCGCCUCCAGCUUCUGCUCCUCGAGGAAGAGCUCGGCUUCAAGCAUCAGCCUUUCGAGGAAGAGCUCCUCUUCCAGCAUUGGCUCCUCCAGAAAGAGCUCCGCCUCCAGCUUCUGUUCCUCCAGGAGAAGCUCGUACUCCAGCGUCGGGGGCCCGCCCUCGCCCGACGACCUGGCCGCCGCCAUGAGCGCCUCCGAGGUGGCCCUGCAACACAACAACAACGCGCUCAACAACAACAAUGAGGCCGCCGCCACCCUCGCCAACAAGCCUGACCCCUCCGCCGACGACCUCAAGCUGCUGGCGGCGCUGGAGGAGGCCAACAGGUUGAUCGAGACGGACUCCAAGUCUCUCAACUCCCUGGGGUCAGGUCAGGGCGCCGGCCACUCCAGGAAGUCCUCUGACACAUCACAGAUCUCAGUGGCUUCAGGAGGCUCCAGUGGAUCGUCUGGGGCUGGCUCAACUGGUGGCUCCCAGCUGCAGGACCCUGAGGAGGACCUGUGGGGACUGUGGGGCCGCCUGGUGAAUGACUGGGAGACAUGGAACAAGAGGAAAAGUACUCAGCUUAAGGAGCUGGUGAGGAAGGGCAUCCCGCACCACUUCCGGGGUAUCACCUGGCAGCUCCUGUGCUCUGCCCAUAAUUCCCCUGAGAAGGCCAACUAUGCUGAGUACCUGCGCACCACCUCUGCUUGUGAGAAGGUGAUCCGGAGGGACAUGGCCCGGACCUACCCCGAGCAUGAGUUUUUCAAGGAGAAGGACGGGCUGGGGCAGGAGAGUCUGUUCAACGUGAUGAAGGCGUACUCUCUGCACGACCGUGAGGUGGGCUACUGCCAGGGAUCGGCCUUCAUCGUUGGCCUGUUGCUCAUGCAGAUGCCGGAGGAGGAAGCAUUUGCAGUGCUGGUGAAGCUGAUGCAGGACUACAGGAUGCGGGAGAUGUUCAAACCCUCCAUGGCUGAGCUGGGCCUGUGCAUGUACCAGCUGGAGUGCCUCAUCCAGGAACACCUCCCGGACCUCCAUGCUCACUUCACCUCCCAGAGCUUCCACACCUCCAUGUACGCGUCGUCGUGGUUCCUGACGCUGUUCUCCACCACGCUGCAGCAGCCGCUUGCCUGCCGCGUGAUGGACUGCUUCCUGGUGGAUGGCGUGGAGGUCAUCUUCAGGAUAGCGCUGGCUUGCCUCACGCUGGGCAAGGAAGAGCUAUUCAGCAUGGACAUGGAAGGAAUGCUCAAGUACUUUCAACGAGACCUCCCAGCGAAGUUUGAGGCAGACCCCGAGUGCUACUUCUCUCUUGCUUAUUCCUUACGCUACAACCCGAAAAAGAUGAAGAAGCUGGAGAAGGAGUACACUGCUAUGAAAACCAAAGAACAGGAGGAGUUGGUGGAACUCAAGAGGAUGCGGACAGAGAACCGACUCCUGCGCCAGAGAAUAGACUGCCUGGAGGCAGAGUCAUCUGCCCUGGCCGACCGUCUCAUCCGCGGCCAGGUGUCCCGGGCGGAGGAGGCAGAACACAACUUUGCCAUCAAGCGUGAGUUGGCAGCACUGCGACAACAUGAUGGGGAGACAAUGGAGCAGCUGCUCACUGCCAGGGAUAAGAUACGCAAGCUGACGGGAAUGAUUGAGGAGAACUGCUCCUCGAGGGAGUCGUCCCUGGCUGAGCUGAUGGUCAAGGAGGAGGAGCUGGUGCAGAAAGAGGAGUUGGUCAAGUGUCUGCAGGAGGAACUAGUCCAGGUGAGGCUAAAGACUGCUGAGGCGGAGGCCACCAUACGUGACCUGAGGGCAAGAAUCCAGGAGCUGGAGGAGGAGCAGAAGAAGAUGAGGGAGGCCACUCCAGACCACUCCGUUGCUCACCUGCAGGAGGAACUCAUUGCCGUGCGGCUACGGGAGGCUGAGGCCAACCUGGCCCUGAAGGACCUGAGGCACCGCGUGCAGGAGCUGACACAGCUGUGGACCAAACACGUGCAGGACCAGCACGGGGAGAAGAGUGAGGCGGCCAAGCAAGACGUGACCAGCACCCCAAGCAAGAAGUUGGGACUGUUCUGGGAUCGGUCCAGUGAGGCAGCCAAGCUAGAGGAGGAGCUCAUGACCACCAAGCUGCAUGAGACAGCUGCUGUAGCUGAACUGAAGGAGGCCAGGCUCAAGGUGAUGGAGCUGGAGACGGCCGUGCAGGUCUCCACUAACCAGAUGAAGCGUCAGGAGGAGGAAAACAAGAGGCUACAGGAGGCUCUGGAUGCAGCUGAAGCAAACAUCCGCACCAUGCAGUCCCAGCUGGGCGACCACAAGCGGAAGUAUACUGAUCUUGAGAGCCAGAUGAAGGAGGAGAAAAUGCUGGCACGAAUUCGAGAGGCUGAGAAGUCACAAAGCUUAGCUGAAUUAACACAGAAAAUCUCGUCUUUGGAAUUCAAGAAUCAGGAGCUGGUGACAGAGGGCGAGGUGUCCCGAGUGGGCGGCAGCGAGAGUGACCAGGUGCCUCGGCUGCAGGACAAGGUGGCAGAGCUGCAGGCAGAGAUUGCCCGCCUGUCAGCCAUCAACCGGCGCCUCACCCGCACAGUCAGCCUCCAGCGGCUCGACGCCAUCAGCGGACCGGAGUCCGAUGCCGACGAUGCAGACGACUACCGACUCUACCUGGAUGACGGUGAGCUGAAGGAGGGCGGUGCAGCGGCGGUGGCGGCAGCAGCGGCACUGGCAGCGGCGGAGGAGAGGGAGAGAAAGGUGUCCUCCAGCAGUGAGCUUUCCAUCACACCGAAGGAACGGAAGAUCUCCACCAGCAGUGAGCGAUCCAUCACGCCCCCCAACCGGGAGAGCAUCACCCGCAAGACAUCCCACACGCUGGCAGAGGCGUUCCUGGAGCAGCUGCCGGAGGUGAAGACCAGCUCGGAGGAGGCGCCUGUUGCCGCGCUGCAGAAUGGCUCGGCCCCGCACCUGGAAAUGGAGGCCUGUUAGUGACGCCCCACUGACUGAGGCCGCCUCCCUCCCUUGAUCUUGGUGAAAUGGACAGCUUUAAUCUGCGGCCGAGUGCGGCACAAGGAACUGGUGUGGUGUGGUGUGUGUGUGUGUGUGCAUGCAUGAAUGUAUGUUGUGCUGAGAGGAUGGAUGAAUGAAUAAAGAGAGAGAGAAGUGGAGGUUGUGUCUGAUGAUGAUGAUGCUCCCUAACACACCAGCCGAUAGGAAUGGUCUGGGUCACCAUGUCGCCGCUCCUCUGCGCUGCUGUCACUCGCCGCAGCACCACUGGACCACUAGUUAGUUUGUAGCUACGACAAAUGUCUUUAUACUUUUUCACGGGCCUGAGUGGCCAGCCCUUGGCAGUACGAGUUGGUUUACUGGCCAUCUGUUUAUACUCACUGCCCGAGCUCCCUGCCGGGCCGCGACGCUCGCAGGAAAGGCAGGGCGUGCAAAUUUUGGCUCACAUUUCUGUCGUCUCAUUUGUGUGGAGUUGAGUAUUUUUAGGCGACAGUUCCCAGGUUGCGUUGUAGGAGUUGCUGGACCAGCGAGUGAAGGUCCUGGUCAGCAGGUGAGCUCUCUGAGGCAUUGUGAAGAGAAAGUCAAAGAGAGAAACUGUUCUGGGAUUGAGAGGAGCAUUGGUGGGCUGAAAAGGCCGGGAUGCUGCCAAGUGACAUGCCGGCAUCUCCCAAUACCAUGUUGUAGCGGUCAGGAGAAUCUGUGUGAAAAUAUUUUGACUUCCCAUUAGCCAGGUGAAACUUUACUGAAUGCUCAGCGAAAUAGUAAAGCUGGCCGGGACAUGAAAAAAGUAGAAAAAGAUCCCUAAGGGUGAAGAAGACUGUAGCAAUAGAAAAGCUUCACAAAUAUUUAUAGGCACAAUCAAUGUCAAGCUGUGAUGUUCUCCCUGAGCUCUCGCCUCUCCCCGAGGAGCGAGUGGCCACGAUAACCAAAACAGAAGGUAUUUAUUUAUUUAGGUUUCCAUAUAAUGUGUACUUAUGUUAUGUAGACUUGUGUAUAUAAUUAUAUAUAAAAUACAUAUAUAUAAAUAUAUAUAAAAAAAGGAAAAUAAUAAGUUCAUUGACAUGCCGACAGUUUUAGAGCUCGUGUCCCUAAGUUUUCUGCGAGCAAGUGUUUUUUGUUGCGCCUCGAGCACCUUCGACGGGGAGUCCAGGCAGGCUUGUUGUUCCCGGGCCGGUGUGUGGCCUUCCUGCCCCUCCAGACAACCAGUCCUUGCUGCAGCGUUCUGACGCCUCCGUGAGAACACCACCCAUAGUGUCGCAAUCCCCUCAGAGUCAACAGUGUAUCACAAGGAGCAGGUGAAGGUCGUGUGCUGAGCCGAGGGGGGGCACAUAAGCCCAGCAGGGACUCUCACUGUCUAAUUGGUCUUCCUUGACACGUGAUGGGGUGACAAUCAGGGAAGUUUGGCCCAUAGCGGCAUGUGUAGGGACCACCAGAGGACCAAUCCAUCACCACCCAGCGUGGCUAAAGUGGACGCCGCCAGUCAGUCCUUGAGUUGUGCAAUAAGCUGCAAUCAGUGCGCUGGUGCUAAGAAUCCACUCUUGCAAUUGUCACUCUGUCUUGCUUUGUAGCCGAUCAAUUCUUUUCUGUUACAGUUGUUCCUUUUCCCCCACAGUGACAUCAGUGCAGAAUAGUAUCCUCUGUUUGAGCGCUGGUCAGCAGGUUUGUUGGCAGUGCUGGAGAGUUGCUCUGUGUGUGGCUUGUUAAAUUUUGCUCCUGUUCAUUCACUCUUAACUGCUGUAAUUUGCAAAGCUUUCUAGGUCAACUCAAAUCACUGGUGCACCCGUCUCCUAGUGAUAGCAUUGAUUCAAUACUCAAUAUUUCUAUACUUUAAAAUUUAAUAUAUAUUUAGAAAAGGCAGAUUCACUUGUAUGUGUUUGUGAAAUGCAGUGCUGGAAGCAGACUUUACUGUGAGAGUCACAAUGGUAACCAUGUACCACAACUAGAGAUUUAUCAAGACUGAAGGAAGAAUGAUGUCUAUUAGAAAAUGGUAGAGAGGGAUGAGGAAUGCCAUAAACAUUCCACUGUAAUGCAACUCAGAUAAUUUGUCAUGAAUUUCAAUGAUAAUUAAUUAAAUAUGAAACUAUUUA